AUGAGAAAAACAAAUACAAAUUAAAAAACAAAUGAUAACAAUUUGAAUUACCUAAAUGGAGGAGGUUUCGCAGUACGACCAAAAUCAUUGCUUUGCACAAUUUGUGGGAGAGAGUUUGGAACAGCUUCUCUUGAAAUUCAUUAAAAAACUUGCAUUAAAAAGUACCAAAAUGAUUUGAUUAAUAUGGAUCCUGGUCACAGAUAAUAGAUGCCCACUACUUAGUAGGUUUUACAAAAGUUGAACUAAGAGAAAUAAGUAAGGUAAUAAGGUGGAACAAAAGUUGGCCAAAAGUCACAGCAGGUGUUAUAUGAAUAACCCUAAUAAGUCAUGGCUCUUGUUGGGUGCAGAAAAUGUGGAAGAAGAUUCAAUCCUGAUAGAAUCAGAAAACAUGAAUCUGUGUGUAUUGGACCUGAACCAGAUAUUUAAAAAAUAAAAGAAUAAUAACAGGAAUAGAACAAAAGGGCUGCCAAAUACUUAAAACCCAAAAAAACCGGUAAAUGGAAAUAGGAGCAUCUUGAAUUUUAAUAGGCUAUGAGAGAGAUGAGGAAAGUUAGAUAAUAAGAAAUAGCAGAAGGUAGAGGUAAUCCUUUUGGUCAUCAAUAAUAUGGUUAAUCAUAUGGAGUGUCAAAUAAAUAGCAACCUACCAAAUAUGGGAAGGGCAAUUAAUAUCAGUAAAAUUAUAAUAAUCAGCCUUAAUCAAGAUAAUAUUAAUAAUAGAAAUAACCACAAUAUUAAUAAUAAUAAUAAUAGUACAGUCAGAAAGGUUAUUCAUAAAGUGUUAAAGCGACACAUAAGCAGCCAACAUAUGAACAAUAAUAAACAAAGAUGGUCCAAAAGUCUCCAAUAUCUCAAAUGCCAUAAAAAUAAUACUAAUAACCAACUAAAAGUUCUUACAAUGAUGUUGGUUAUGGUAGACCUGCAUAUAAUGCUGGUGGUGGAGCAUCUUACUAAAUUGCUCACUCAAAUGUUAGUACAUUUAGUCUAUUUACUUAAGAUGGUAAGCCAAAAAACUAUGAUAAUUAUCAAUAAAACAACCCAUAUGUAAAGAAGAAUGGUUUAUAUUGAUCGCAUAACAAUCAUUAAUAAUUAAUUUACUCCAA